CCAAACCCCGCCAAAAAAAGAGUCAUCCAUCGUCUCUCCAGACUCUUCAUCUAUACUUCAACAAAUUCUUGCUCACAAUGGCAGACGCUCUCACAACAACCGACCUCCAGGGCGCAUUGCCCCUCAUUGCCCGGGGAAAAGUUCGAGAUCUGUACGAAGUAGACGAGAAGACGCUACUCUUCGUCGCGACCGAUCGCAUCUCUGCCUACGAUGUGAUCAUGGAAAAUGGAAUCCCCAACAAAGGCGUCCUUCUCACCCUCUGCACCCAGAAAUGGUUCAAGAUCCUCACCGACGCUCUCCCCUCGCUCCGAACACAUUUCAUCACCCUCGACCUUCCUCCCCAGAUCCCUACCUCGCUGCGUCCCGUGCUCCAGAACCGCAGCAUGCAAGUCCGCAAACUCAGAAUCCUUCCCGUCGAGGCAAUCGUGCGCGGCUACAUCACCGGCUCCGCAUGGAAGGAGUACCAGAAGUCCGGAACUGUGCAUGGGAUCCCCGUCGCCGCUGGACUGCGCGAGAGCGAGGCCUUCCCGGACGGUCCGAUCUAUACACCCAGCACGAAGGCUGAAUUGGGAGAGCACGACGAGAAUAUCCAUCCGGAUGAGGCUGCUAAAAUCGUUGGCGAGCCGUAUGCUUCCACCGUCGCUGCCCUUUCCGUUCAGCUGUACAAGACCGCGCACGCUUAUGCCCUUACUCGCGGCGUGAUCAUCGCCGACACAAAGUUCGAGUUUGGUGUGGACGAGGAGACGAACGAAGUUGUUCUUGCGGAUGAGGUUCUCACGCCUGAUUCGUCGCGCUUCUGGCCUCAGGAUUCGUAUGAGGUCGGUCGUGGCCAGCAGAGCUUCGAUAAGCAGUUCCUGCGGGACUGGCUGGUCAAGGAGGGGCUGAAGGGUAAGGAAGGCGUGCGGAUGACAGACGAGAUUGCGCAGAAGACAAGUGAGAAGUAUAAGGAGGCUUGGGAGCGGAUCACUGGUGGUAAUUAACUAAUUGGUCACGUAGUUGGGGCUAUUUGCCCUGCAGCACAGGAUUGCCUAGUUAGGGCUAGGUAAGUAUUUAAAUAGAUUUUUUUUUUUCAAAGCUUUGAAUCUAGGUGUAUACACAUGCCAAAAUAAGAGAGAAAGAAAGAAAAAAGGUACUGUACAAGUCAAUGUGGAUUAAAUGGUUCAUUAUUUAUGCAUCCCACUCAUCACGUAGCGCUUUUAACCCUUUUCCCUUGGGACUCUUCUCGCUAUCCCCGGGUUUGGACGUAUGGCUUGCGACCUCUCCAGACCAACCUGUUCGGACACCCUCGUCCACAGGCAAAGCAUCUGCACCACAUAUCCGUUGUUCCUCU